AAGCACCUUGCAGUGACUAUAAGAGCUGAUAUUCACUUACAUGCCUCAGAAUCCAGAAUAACAUUGAUCCAAAUCUUUUGAAAGGACCGUGAAACUACACCGAGCUUACAGUGAUCUCAUAACAUGAUGGCUGUACCCCAUCAUCGCCAUCGAACCUCUUUGGAAGGUGUCAUUUUUCCUCCACCUCGACGCUUGUCGCCAGAAGAGCACAAUAAAGCCACUAGCCUUUUCAGCAGCCUCGUCGAGCAUUUUGAGCCUUUGCAGGCAUCUAACAAGGGUUACAAACCACUAACACUUUUACGCCUCACGAAAGGAGGAGUCUCCGCUGAAGAUGAGUUUCUGGAACUUUUUUUCACUUUUAUUGAAUACAAUCAACUUGGAGUCUCAGAAACCACUCUAAUUGAGACCUUAGCAACCCUACACAGCUUUCAGGGAUGGACUUCCGAAGAACAGCAUGGACUUAGUCAAAGCUUGAUUCAAUUCUCUAGUUUUCUGAUGGAUAAUUUUUUUCUACCACACUCCUCAGCCUACGCCGGCAUUUCUUUCUCGUCCCGAUUUGACCGAUCCAGCUAUCGGCACUCCACAGCGCGUUUCCAAUUUGCGAAAAUGUUGCCUUACGCGUGACCGACAUCGAUGUGUCGUAACCCGAAAAUUCGACAUACGUGAGGCUGAAGCGCGAUACAGAAUCGACGGAUUGAACGUCAGA